UUGGAGCAUGGAGCGUCAGGAGGGAGAGAACCAGCAGGGGUUGGGGGGAUACAAACGCCUCUUGGUCUUCAGGGUAUAUAAGCACAGCGCCGGGCCUUCUCCUCACAGUCGACUCAUCCUCACUCAACAACAUGAAGCUCGCCAUCUUCGCCUGCCUGCUGGCCCUCGCCCUCGCCCGCCCCCAGGCCCCAGGGGAUGCCCAGACUCUCCGCAGCGAGAACAUCCAAGAGGGCAACGGUGUCUUCCAGUACAACUUCGAGACAGACAAUGGCAUCGUGGUGGAGGCCAACGGCACCCCCAACGUUGAGGGCAGCAGCGACAUCGUGGGCAGCUACAAAUUCCCUCUCGGCAACGGACAGUUCCUUGAGGUGACCUACACUGCCGACGCCAAUGGAUUCAGGCCCUCCACCAGAUACGUCAGCCAGAGGAAGUAAGAAGCGAGGCGACCCACACACCGCGGCUCACACGACACCGUCUCCGCACCUGGCCGGGACCACACUCACCUGACCACACCAUACGCCAACCCCGCUACACUUGGGACAUGAAGACGCCUCUCCUACACAUACAAAACACACGAUAUAGGAGCAUGUCCCUGUACUCCGCCUUCCCUUUCCCGUCACUUCCUUUCACUUUCCUCCCUGAUUGACUCUCCAUCUUCUACCGUCUUCGCAUCUCCGUCGUUUCUCUCUGUUCUACACUGCACACUCGUCUCGCUGUGGACUAAAACGAGCGCCUUUCCUCCUAGGGGUUUGUUCCACGCGAUGUACAAGACCUACUGUUGUUAUCUCUUUUGUUUUUGCAGCAAAUAAAUGCUCUUCAAUA